AUGCUUCAGGUCAGACAAUACCAUGCCAAGGAUUGGCGACGAGGAGGGGGGAUAAUGCAAAAACUGAGGGAGCGCAUAGACGACCUGAAGCAGAGAAUCGCUGCUUGGGAAAAGCGGAUUCGGCGAUAUACCGAGAGGUCGACACGGUUCAACCAGAAUCGUCUCUUCCAGAGUGAUCAGAAGAGGCCCUAUGAAUCAUUGGAGCGACCAAUGGUAAGUGGAACGGGCCCAGUACCGAAUCAGGCCGACACGGGCGCAUUCUGGUGCAGCCUGUGA